AUGAACGAAGCAAAAACGUUUGUCAAGUUGCUCUACGUCGUCACAUUUUUCUUUGUAGUUUUCCUUAUUGUCAAGGAUCAGGUAGGAGUCGGAUGAUCUCGACGUUUCGCACGAAUCUACUUUCGACUUUGCAGGGUUCGCUCAAAGAAGGUUCACACGCUAAACUAUCCAGUAACGCAAAGAAUUUGGAAUUCUUCAAAUCAUGGAAUGAUUGUGCCAGAAAAAUAUUUAAUGAUGGCACGGACACUCCUAAAACGGUACUACUAAAUGUCCAUAAAUAUUCACGAAAAGGCUUUCAGUUUUGGAACGAGUUCGCUAAACGGUCCCACAAAUGUGAUGAAGAGGCGAAAAUCUCACAAGAGCUGAAGAUUGCCGCGCUGAGAAACAAGGAUGAGACCAAAUAUGCCCUUUUUCCGGUCACUGUAAGUUGCUGAACGAUUGUUUCAAAAUUAUAUUUUGGUUGUAGCGAGGUAAAAACUUUAUUUUUGUAACACUUGGAAUAGGAUUGGAUAUCGCAGCCGAACAGGAAUUCCAGCAGAAUCUAAAUAAAACCGAAAACACAGUCACGUUUUAUGGAGCCGAUCCGAUUGUGACGGGAAAUUCCGAGUUGUACUCCAAAAUCGGAACAUACUUUCCGUUUGCCGUGGGCGGAAAAGCCGGUUUCUCGGUCGCUAGUGUCUAUAUCGAUGGUCAGACUUCGCCCUUCAACUCAAUAAAGACGGAACAAAGUAUUUCAGAAAUAUACAAAAACUUGUCAGUUGCUCACAUAGACAUUUAUUAUUUUCUCAAAAAAGUGCUUCCAUACAAGAUGUACGAUUACUUAUGGAUGGAUGCCGAGUACGCCGAGUACGAUAUGUUCGAUAUAUUCUACAGAGGCGAACGAUUGGAUCAGGAAGGGAUCGCUUUCUGUCAAAUGAGUUUGGAGGUGAGGCGAACGUUUCAUGUGACCUUUUGCUGCCACGCCAUAAGAAAAACUACUAAAUCAGAUCCGUAAUGAGAUUUAAUGAGAAAGUGAUACAUUUAAGCGGUAAAUUUCGUUUUUUCAGGUUCAUAAUGCCAACGAGAAGCAGCAGGAAGCGUUCAUAAUCUACGUGAGACGACUGCUCGAAGAGAAGCGCUUCGGAUUCUUCUUAUCUGAAUUCGUUGGUCAUCAACGAAUGUGGCUGUUCAAUUUUGAGAACGAUUAUUGCGUAAAUACAUUUUUGAGUUAGUAUUCUCUAAUUAAAUUCCAUAAUUUAUGUGUAAUAAUUCCUUUCUUGUUUGCUCUGUUAAUUUCCAUAUUUUCCAUUUUCCAUGUGUUUUGAUUCCUUCCAAUUGAACCAGUUUUGGAUUCAUCCAAUUCGACGGAACAGAGUUCAGAAGCAUCGGUGUCCAGUCUUCGUGCCAGUAUCUGUUCGAAUCCACUCUAUCUCAUCUUUUGUUAUCCGUGUUCCGAUCCCAAAAGAUCGUCCAUUUCUCGGCGUAGCAUUAUGUGCCGAAAAGCCUGCCUUUUCCUUCCUUCUACCUGGAUAUCUCAGUACGAAAUCGUCGCAAAAACGGGAAAGUGCAUUUGGGUAUCUGAUUUCGACGGACGGACGGGGGAAGACGGAACAAAUGACGAUGAAAGGCAUUAUUAUUGUCAGUCCGAAGAAGCAUGUCGCUCCGUGCCAGACCCAUCAACCUUGUCCUCAUCCUCGUACUCAUAUUUCUAAUUAUUGUCCUGCUCUACAAUCAGGUACACUUUACCCCCGCUCUCGGCUCCCGAAGUUGUACCUGAACAUUUUUCAGCAACCAGCCAAACCGACAGAGCCGACAGAAAUCAGGCCGAAUGUGGUUGUAUUCAACAAAUGGAGUUCGUGUAUGAAAGAAAAAGUGUCCAACGAGACGGACCACAACAUUUUCUGGGCUAAAUUCCAGUUGUGGACGGAUGAUUGCGAUAAAUGGGCGGAUAUUGAUAAGCUCGGAUUGGUGGCUCUUCAGAACAGCGAUGAAGUCAAAUACGGUCUGUUGCCAGUUGAGGUGAGUUACAGUAACUCAACCUGACAGUUUCCGUGACCUUUUUCACGUGACCUACUGCCUCACGGAAAUGUCAUGUGAGAUAAAAUGUUUAUGUUUAUCACGUGACUAUAAUUUUUGAUUGCAGGGCGACUUUGGCUCAGCCAACACUCUCGUUACUCUUGGAAUCGGAAAAGACAUCGACGCAGAGGUUCUCUACAAAACAGUUCGUUUUCUUUUUCGCUUUCAAACUACCGUAACCUCUUCGCCAUCUUGAUAUCCUUUUCUUUCCCGCGUCGUCCGCGAAACCAUGCCUCUCUUUCAUCUGUGAUUUUUCGAAAAAGAUCAAACCGGAGAUAAUCUUCCAAAAUUGCAGAAAAUGAAUGAGAUCGGCAGAAACCUGACGUUCUACGGAGCCGACCCGAUCACCGAUGUGAACGCGGAUUUGUACGCCAACAUCGGAAAAUACUUUCCGUUCGCCGUCGGAGGAGAUGCCGGAUUCUCGAGGGCCAGUGUGCUUAUCAACGGAAGUUAUGUGAAUCGAGAUGUCGUCCACGUGGAUCUCGUCUAUUUUUUGAAUCGAAUUCUGAAGAUUAAGGUAAACAUCAGAAAACAGAACGUUUGACUCUCAAAGUAAUAGUUGCAGACGUACGAUAACAUUUGGCUGGACGCCGAAGGUGCCGAGUACGGACUCUUUGAUAUCUUCUUCAAAAGCGGACGACUCGACGAGAAGGGCAUUCGAUUCUGUCAAAUGAGUCUGGAAGUGCAUCAGCCGAACGAGCCAAAGAAGAUGCAGUUCAUGGAAAUGAUCAAAACGAUCAUCAAGGAGGACCGAUACGCAAUGCACAAAAACCGGAAUGUCGGGCACAUGAGGAUGUUCUUGUUCAACUUCGAGGAUGCGUAUUGUGUCAGAAAAUUCUUGCCCAAAUCCCUGUAUGAGUAGAUUUCCGUAUUUUAUUGUAUCACUUGUAAUACAGUUUUUAGAAACUUUGUCUGCGUAAUUGGCAUAAGGAACAGAAACCGUAAUUGUCUACACUUUCUCCGCGUUUGAAAAAAGUAUCCGCCUUUUUCGCUUUUUCAAAAAGAUCGAAAAAUCCCGAAAGAAAGGCGGCCCCCACCAAUCCUCCUCCUACCGUACUCUUUUUGUUCUCCCAAAUAGAAUCUAGUUCAAAUUGUUCUACUCAUACUCCGUACAACCUUUACCCUUUUCAAACCGGUCUUUUCCUGUGUUUCGGGCCCGACUGGCUCUCCAUCUUUUCUUCCAACUCUUCCUGGAUUUCUUUCUGAAUGAUCACAUUAUAUCGGGUGUUCCAGUGAAAUGCAGGUCUGGAGAAGGAGACAAUGCAUGCGAUCGGUAUCGGCGACGAAGGGAUUCGGCGCGUAAAAGUGAGGAAAGAGGCACAAGUGCGUCGCAUUGGAGAACGAUCUAUUUCGUGUCUUCGAGAAUGGUUCGAUGGACACAUGCUAUUCCUAUCGCUGUUUUUCUAUUCCUCCUUUAUUCCCUUCGUUAUUACAGACAAGUACGUUUUAACGAGCUCAUUUGGUUCAACACAUUGAAACACAUUCUAAUUUCAGAAUGACGGCUUGACAGAAACGCAAAAGAAGCAGAAGAUAUUCGAAGGAUGGAGUGAUUGUGCCCAGAAGCAGUUGGACACCUACAAUAACGCCGAAGAGUUCUGGCUCAACUUCGCGCCGCUCACUGGAAAUUGCGACUACAACGAGAACAUCGAAAAGCUGGGUUUGGUUGCGUUGAACAACAACGACGAAGUCAAAUAUGCGAUCCUUCCGUCGGAUCGCCUCAAAAACACAACGAACACAUUUGUGACUCUGGGCAUUGGGAAGGACAUCAGUGCUGAGAAAUUGUUCAGAGAUGUAAGCGAUAUUUUCAGCUUUCCUCAGCUUCAAACUCAUCUUGCAGGAACUCGAAAAGCGUGGGCAUACUGCGAAGUUUUACGGAGCUGAUCCGAUCUCUGAGGGAAACGCGGAUUUGUAUUCUCAAAUUGGAAAAUAUUUUCCGUUCGCUGUGAGCGCCAAGGCCGGAAUUUCUAAAGCGAGUGUCUUUAUAAAUGGUGGGUGAUGUCAUUCCCUACAGUAUCCGGACUGAAAAUUCUUCCAGGAUCCUAUGUCCGCCGUGACGUCACCCACGUGGAGCUUCUCUACUUCCUUAAUGACAUUCUCGAACUGAAAGAGAUCGAUCACCUGUGGCUGGACGCCGAGGGCGCCGAAUACGGCAUCUUCGACUUCUUCUACAACGACGGGCCUUUCGAGAAGAACGGAAUCUCUUUCUGUCAAAUGAAUCUGGAAGUUCACAUCGGCAGUGCCGAGAGGAAGGCCGCAUUUAUGAAGUUUGCGAAGAGAUUGGCGGUCGAGAAGAGGUACGCAAUGCUGAGAAGUACGUACGUUUCGCACAUUCGAUUGUUCCUUUUCAAUUUCGGAAAUCCGAAUUGUGUGCUCAAAUAUCUUUAA